GUUUUUUCUGCUUUGGUUGUUAACUAGUCGUUUCUUGGCAAAGUCUAAAGAUUUUUCAUUUCAAUUUCAUUUGCUUUCCAGUUAUGGAACAUUGUAGUUUUUGUUUAAUCUCUUUCAAUAUAUACUAUUUCUUAUUUUGUUUUGUUUUCAUAAACAUGAAGGCAUUUUGACUGAUCAUAUCGAUAAAGAGUGAAACCAGUAUUUCUUUCAAGUUGGAGCAAUGGUUCUUGGCCUAAGAACUAAGAACAAAAAAGGCAACUCAUUUCAGGUUGAUUACAUUGUUUUUGUAAAGGAGAUUAAUCCUUGGACACCAUUGUAUUCUUCGCUAUCAUCUCGAUCUGUUUUGCUUCAAUGGGAGAAUGGUGAUCAGAGUUCUGGGUCCUUAACUUCUAGCAUUGGGAAUGGAAAAAUUGAGUUCAGCAAAUCUUUCAGUCUUCCAGUAACUUUAUGUCAGGAAGCAUCCCGUAAGAGCAUAAACCGUGAUAGUUUCCAGAAGAACUGUUUAGAGUUUUACUUGUAUGAACCUCGGAAAGACAUGGUGGCAAAAGGUCAAGUUUUAGGAUCUGCUGUUGUAAACCUUGCAGAUUAUGGGAUUAUCAAGGAAACUAUAAACAUUAUCACUCCUAUUAACUUGAAGAAGAGUUCAAGGAACAGAGAACAGCCAGUUCUUUAUCUUAAUAUCCAGCCAUUUGAUAAAGAUAGCUCCAGCUCAUCACCAAAAGGCAGCUUGUCAAAAGAAGUGUCACUAGACAAGGAUGGCGGUGAAUCUGUUUCCGAUUCGAUAAAUGAAGCAAAGGAUGAGGAAACUGAGAUUCCCUCUUUUACUGCUGAUGAUGAUCUUUUCUCAUAUUCAUUCCAGACUAUUUCUUCAUCUGUUUUUGAUCCUCCUAGAGAGUCACAUAGUCAACACGACAAGAAUGGAUCAGAAUCAGCAAACAGCUUUUCCAACGGCAAAGUUGAAUUAGAAUCCAAAAUCGAAAUGCUUGAAGAAGAAUUGAGAGAAGCUGCUGUUGUUGAGGCUAGUCUUUAUUCUGUUGUUGCAGAGCAUGGGAGUUCUACAAACAAGGUUCAUGCUCCAGCUAGACGACUUUCUAGAUUCUAUCUUCAUGCUUGUAAAGCAAGUACCCAAGAUAAGAGGGCAAGCGCAGCAAGGGCUGCUGUUUCAGGAUUGGUUUUAGUCUCUAAAGCAUGUGGAAGUGAUGUUCCAAGGUUAACCUUCUGGUUGUCAAAUUCAAUUGUACUGAGAGCAAUUGUUAGCCACGCUAUUGAGGAAAUGCAACUAUUUUCUGGACUGUGCUUAAAUUUUAGUUGUGGGGGAAUAAUGUUGGAGGAUACCUCUCCCCAGGAUAAAGAGGAAAGCAAUUCAACAGAAAGUUUUGAUGACUGGGUGGACCCUCAGACAUUUUUACUUGCAUUGGAAAAGUUUGAAGCUUGGAUCUUCUCCAGAAUAAUAGAGUCCGUCUGGUGGCAGACUUUGACUCCACGUAUGCAGUCUGCUGCUGCAAAGAGCUCAAACUCAAGGAAAUCCUUGACCCGAAGAUAUGGAUUAGGUGUUCAAGAACAGGGGAAUUUUUCAGUUGAGCUUUGGAAGAAGGCUUUUAAAGAUAUCUGUGACAGGCUUUGCCCCAUUCGAGCAUGUGGGCAUGAGUGUGGCUGCUUAGUUGUGCUGGCUAAAUUGGUCAUGGAGCAAUUGGUGGGUAGAUUAGAUGUUGCAAUGUUCAAUGCUAUUCUUCAUGAAUCAGCUGAAGAAAUGCCAACAGAUUCUGUUUCUGACCCAAUAAGAGAUUCAAAGGUUCUUCCUAUUCCUGCAGGCAAAUCAAGCUUUGGGGCAGGUCUACAACUAAAAAAUGCUAUUGGGAACUGGUCAAGAUGGUUAACAGAUCUAUUUGGUAUUGAUGAUAAUGGAGGUGUUGAAGAUAGCAAUGAAGUUGGUGAUAACAAAAAUGGUGAAUGUGAGGCUUCCUUCAAGGCUUUCCAUCUCCUAAAUGAAUUGAGUGAUCUCAUGAUGCUUCCAUCUGAGAUGCUUGCGGAUAGGUCCACGAGGAAAGAGGUAUGCCCCACGUUUAGUGCACCACUGAUCAGCAGGGUUCUUAACAAUUUUGUACCUGACGAGUUCAACCCUAACCCUGUUUCAAAUGCAGUUUUUGAAGCAUUGAAUGAGAGCGUUUCUGAGGCUGGGGAAGAGUCUAUAACAAACUUUCCAUGUAUGGCUGCUUCUAUAGUCUAUUCACCACCUUCCGCAGCUUCCUUGACGAGCAUCAUAAGAGAGGUCGGAAGUGAAGCCUUGCAAUGGAGUAGGUCAUCAGUGCUUAGAAAAUCAUACACUAGUGAUGAUGAGCUUGAUGAAUUGGAUUCACCCAUCAACUCAGUCAUUAUCGACACCUCCCGGGAUUCUCCCACUUCAAAAGCUCCCUAUUGGAUGAGAAUGGGAAAGGGAGGCCGGAAAGUUGUUAGAUAUCAGCUACUCAGAGAGAUAUGUAAGGAUGGUGAGUAGGACCCCCCUCCCCCCUUCUUGUCUGAACAUGUUUUUGUAUAUAUGCACAUGAUUAUAGGCUGGUGUAUCAUGUGAUUGAGUUUUGUUGGAGUAGAGCAAGAAUCGGCAUACAAAUAUUAGAAACUAGAACUCCUGUUGUCUAUGCCAUCUGUCUUGUCUGCAAAUAAAAUGGAGAUAAUGCAAAAGAGAAGGUAUUCCCACCAGCCUCUCCUUUUCCCUUCUUUUUUUCUCUUUUGGGCGGGGGAAGGAAGAUUCGAAUACAGUUUUUUGUACAAAGGAUACAUCAUACAUGCAUUUGUUCAAGAAUCUUGUCACAAUGUGAUGAAAAAUUUGUGCCUUAAGCUCCAAGCAUUCGACAGAUUUGCCUUUUCCUUGGCAUCGUCGUUUGUCUCUUGAACAAUGAAUACCACAGUGUUUUGUUGGGAAAUACUAAACAUACAAUAAAAACAUUAGCUUGGCUGUGUAUGUUUAUUUUAUGAUCGGCCAAAUGAGAAAAAAAGAAUGAAGAAAUAUUCAUUAUUUUCUCAAAAUGAUGAAUAAGUAAGAGGUACAAUGCCAAAUACCAAGGUCUUAAGGGCUUGCGAUGAGGUAGAAAUUUGUCUAUCACUCUCUUCAACCGGUAAACGAAGGAAGGUUUGCAAUGUCUUAACAUUAAACAUCGGCCUUGCAAAUGAUAAAUUUGGAGGCAUUUUAGAUCUCCAUUUACAAACUACCUCCUACUGAGUCUGGCUAGGAGUCUAGAAUUGGAAAAUAAAAAAAGACAUGGCAACAUAUUCCUGAAUCAAUCAACAAGAAGAAGUAGCUCGAAUUCCUUGCCUGCUUAGCAGAUUUCAUGGUACCCUCGGGGUCCAAGAGUCCACCUUCCUCUAGAAACAGUUUGAGCAAAGUCUUGGAGAAGCCACUUUCUAAUGUCACUGCUUUCUGAUGGCUUGGACCUGGGGUGGAUUUCGAGUUUCUAAGGUUCCAGAACACUAUCUCUGGCACGGAUGAGUACCCACUGUCAUGAAACUUUCUUGUUAUUGCUUGGCAAUCAGUUUCCCAAGAAUUUGAGGGGAUGCCUUGUCAAAUUCCAUGUCGCUGAACACAAAUAGCCUCCUAAUCAUCUGAUCUUCUGUAAAAAUUCUGUCGCUUGGCAACUUCCAAAAUUCUGUCAAACACCUUCUGAA